CUUUCCCAAGUUAUUCUGCGUCGAUCCCCUUUCCAUCGCCGCCGCCUCUAGCUCGCGACGCCAUGUCUUCUGCCCCGCCGCAGCGCUCCCAAGGAUCGAGAGCGCCGUAUGGUUAUCAGAAGAAGUUCGUCCCCAGAAACAAUCCCCCCUCCUCCACCUCCACCACCACCGCGGCCGCUUCCUCCUCCUCCUCCUCAUCAUCUUCAUCAACAAAUCCAUCGAUAUCCACUGGUGGCAACCUUCCUCCAUCCCUCACUACCGCCCUGAGGAAUUCGUCGUCUUCAUCCUCAGGAUCUAGAUCUAAGGAGAAGCGCGGCGAUGGAGGCAACUUCAUCGCCUACUUGCCCCACGAUGAGGCAAUCGCUUGCGGCCUCAGCGCUGACGCCGGUGGGCUGGACGCGAUCGAGUCGCAGAUGGUCGUUGAUCUCCUUAACGACGAACUAUCCAGGAUACUUAAGAUGAGACCUAAGGAUUUCUGGAGAGAAGUGGCGAGGAACGAUGAGUUGCUUGAGUUUUUGGAUAGUUAUCUGCAAUUUCGGAAUAGAUGGUAUGAUUUUACACAUCGAGGGGCAAGGGGAGUUGUUGCAGGGGUCAUCGUCGGAGAACUUGAGCUAUGUCGGCGAGUUUUUAUGAUUCUCUAUAGAAUGUCUUCCAACAAGGAUCCUGGGGCCCACCCAAAUGAUUGUCUCAGCAUGAAAGAGCACACAGCUCUCUUGCAGGAAAAGAAUCUGCUUGAUUUGCCAAAACUAUUAGAAAUUUGUGCUAUUUAUGGACAUGAAAAUGAAGAGUUAACCAAGUCCCUGGUUGUCAAUGCUAUAAAAGCCCAGCCGAAGCUUCUUAACAAAAUUGAUGAAGUGGUCUCUCAUUUCCUGAAUAUAGUGCAAACUAUGCAUGAACGAUGCAGCUCUUCUUUAGAGGUAUUGUUUUCAUCUGGAGGACAAGAAAUUCAUGGAUGUGGUCAACUGUAUAAGGAUUUUUUGGAGGUAAUGGAUUUUGUGAAUGAUGCUAUCAUGACGCUAGAUGCAUUUGCCGCUACAUAUGCACCUGCUAGUUUGUACUUCUCUCUACUUGAGUUCAGUCAUGGGGGUGGAGAUAUGCUCAAAACUCUAGCAAGGUUGCAUGAUUCGUUGCUACCAUGUUUGCAGAAAAGUUUUAAAAUUAUAUCUAGUUCAAAGUCUGAUAUGGCAUCAAAUCCCAAUGAUAUGGUCACUGAUACGCUUAUCAGCCAAAGAAUAUUGUCAGGAAGAAUUGUUAAUUUUGGUUGGAAAUUGCUCAACUAUUGCUAUUUGAGUGAUAAUCCAAUAGAAGAUAACCUUCAGACCACUUCAAAAAUGUUACCUGCGAAAGUAGAGGAUCCUGUAAUAAGAGGUGACAUUAUUGUUCAUACUAUGAAAGAGAUUAAUGAGGAAAUUUCUUAUAAUUUCUCUGAAAAUCAUGGUAAUGAAAGAUUUCUCCAGAAACUUGAAAAGGAGUUCAAGAUUUUGAACCACAUUAACAACCUUCAAAGGAAUGGAUGGUUAUAUAUGGACGAGGAACAAUUUCAGUAUUUAAUUAAUAUUGCAAGCCCACUAAAUACAAAGUCCUGGGAGAGAGAAGCUACGAUCCUUACCCCUUCAAUCGAUGGAAAAGUACAGACUGAUGAGACUGUAAUUGCUGAGUCUAAAAUUAGUCAAAUCAAAGACCUCUUUCCAGAAUAUGGUAGAGGAUUUCUAUCUGCCUGUCUUGAAGUUUAUAACCAGAAUCCUGAAGAAGUGAUCCAGAGAAUACUAGAAGGAACCCUUCAUGAAGAUCUAUUAUCUUUGGAUACUUCAUUAGAACAAAUUCCAUCAAGGAAACAAGCGUCUGGAAGGAAUGACAAGGGGAAAGGUUUAUUAAUAGAUCCUGAACCAAAGGGUAACAUCCCAUCUAGUAUGGGUUCCAUGUCGAUGAGUAAAGUUGAAGAUGGGCCCACGUCUUCUUCUUUCUCAUCUUCAGCUGGGCGAUACACUAGAAAGACUGAUAUUGUUGUGGCUGAUUCUGCUAUUCUUGAUUAUAAAACUACCAAAGAUGCAGCAAAGACUGCAGCACUUGCAGCAGAGUAUGAAUACGAAGAUGAGUAUGAUGAUUCAUUCGAUGAUUUAGGUCUGAGUAUAGUCGAAUCAGUAAGUGAGGAGGCAGAUUACUUAACUGAGAGAGUUAGGCCUAUUCCAGGAAUGCCCACUGGCUCAGAGAUAGAAACUUCAUCAAAUUCUAACUCAAAAUGGAAUUCAAAGAAGACACAAUUUUAUGUCAAGGAUGGGAAGAACUAUAGCUAUAAGGUUUCAGGUUCAGUUGCUGUUUUAAAUGCUCAAGAUGCAGCUCUUGUGAAUGAAGCCCAGAAAGAGAUGAUCCAUGGUCUGGGUCGUGGUGGAAAUUUACCAAUUGGAGCUGUUAGGAGAUUGUUGGAUGCCGAGGAGAAGGAUAAUCAGAUAUCUGAUCCUGCAGGAGAUUCAGGUAGAGGGAACUCAUCUCAGCGAGGAAGAGGAAGGAGAGGAGGUGGGAAUCACCACAGAAAGGAUAGAGCAAUACGGAAGCAUUUAUCAGGGAUGACUGGACAUUAGAUAUAUCUAUUUUGAUUAUAUGUGCAGCACAUAUAUUGUCGCCCAAAUUGUAUAUAGAUAAUCCUUUCAUUGUGGAACAUGUCAAGCCUGAAUGUGUUCGUUUGGUCAGCUGCAAUGGCGACUUCAGUUUUGGUAAUGCAGACAACUAAACUUUUGCGAGGUAGGAUCAAUGGCACAAAACAACACUUUUGGCAGAAUUGAUGAAAGGUGCAGUCAAUAGGCAGUGGAAUGCAUGUUAUAAAUUCAUGUUUUAUGUAUUAAUAAUGAUAUGCACAUCUGAGCUAUUAAUUUAAAGUUGUGGCGCUGAAUGAUUAACAUGUGCAGUGCAAUCUCACUUUUAUGAAGGGUUUCAUUGUGUUACUUCUGGGGCAUGCUUAAUAUACUUCGCUCGCAUAAA